UCCUUUGGUGAGUUGUUCAUUGCUCACAGUUAUGGCGGUGUUAGGGAGUCGAAAGGAUGGAGUACUGUCUUGAUUUUUGCUUUUCUCGUUGAUUCAGGAACUUGUCACCACUUUUAAUUUGUAAACAUUCUACGUUUUAUUCCUGCAACGAUGGCGGACCGAGGCGUGGAUAUGUUGGCACUACCGAAAGAGGUCAAGGACCAAUUGGCGGAGUUGGAUUUGGAACUGUCCGAAGGUGAUAUCACACAGAAGGGAUAUGAGAAGAAAAGGACUAAACUUCUGCUUCCCUUCUUUAUUCAUACACCAGUGGAAGCCCCCCCCCCUGCCUAUGAUGCCCAGGCUCCUGGUCCUAGCAACGCCUCUGGCUCCACCCAUGCCAAUGCUCACACCCAGGCUCCUCCACCUAGCUCCUCUUCCCGCUAUCGUGAUCGUCGCUCUCGGCGACCGCACCGCAGCGGAGGGACCAGGGAUGACCGCUACCGAUCAGAUAUCCACACAGAGGCGGUGCAGGCUGCGUUGGCCAAACACAAGGAGGAGAAGAUGGCACUACCCAUGCCCACCAAACGCCGCUCCACCUACGUUCAGUCGCCCAUCAACAACUGCACCCCACCAGGUAGCGUAGGACUGACUCCUUCAAAUCAGCCUGACUGCUUCUAUUUCCUCAGGAACAGCCUACACUCGUCGUCAAGUUCAGAGGAUGAGGGUGCUCUGUUGAGACAGUCGUCAGUGGGUGCUGGUUUGGGGGCUCCUGCCCCUUCCUCUCUGCUGCAGCCCCCCAGUCUGCAGAGCCCUGACUCCUGGAUCAACCGCUCUGUCCAGGGCUCCUCCACAUCCUCUUCCGCUUCUUCCGCCUCCUCCACCCUGUCCCAUGGAGAGAGCAAGCCCCAGCCUCAACCAUCCCAGACCCAGACCCAAGCCCAGCCCCAGUACAAGCCACAGUACCAGCCCCAAUACCAGCCCCAAUACCAGCCACAGUACCAGCCACAGUACCAGUCACAACUACAGCCACAGCAUCCAGCCAUAGCUGACAUGCUGGCUCAAGCACGCAUUGGCCUUUCAGAGAACAGUGGACCCCCCCCAGACGUGUUGGCGGCAGCCCCCCAGGCCAGGGGCUCCUCUCAGGUGGACCGGCCCAACAACCCUCCUGUGGUCCGGGGGAUGAGCCGCGGACAGAGUCGCUCCAGCAUGAUGGAGACAGCCGACGGUGUCCCGGUGAACAGCAGGGUGUCCACUAAGAUCCAGCAGCUGCUCAAUACCUUGAAGAGGCCCAAGAGGCCCCCCCUCAGUGAGUUCUUCGUGGAUGACCAGGAGGAGAUCGUAGAGGUGCCCCAGCCGGACCCCAAUACACCACGGCCAGAGGGCCGUCAGAUCAUCCCAGUGAAGGGGGAGCCCCUGGGGGUGGUCAGUAACUGGCCUCCGGCCCUCCAGGCUGCCCUGGCCCGAUGGGGAGCCACACAGGGCAAGAGCCCCGCCCUCACCGCCCUGGACAUCACUGGCAAAUCCCUGUACACAUUGACCUACGGGAAGCUGUGGAGCCGCAGUGUGAAGCUGGCCUACACCCUCCUCAACAAACUGGGACCCAAGAACGAGCAGGUCCUCAAGCCUGGGGACAGGGUGGCUCUAGUGUACCCAAACAGUGACCCUGGGAUGUUCUGGGUGGCCUUCUAUGGCUGCCUGCUGGCUGAGGUCAUCCCUGUCCCUAUAGAGGUACCUUUGUCUCGCAAGGAUGCAGGCAGUAGUCAGGUGGGCUUCCUGCUUGGCAGUUGUGGUGUAACUCUGGCUCUGACCAGUGAGAUCUGUCUGAAGGGACUCCCCAAGACGCCCACCGGAGAGAUACUACAGUUCAAAGGCUGGCCUCAGCUAAAGUGGGUGGUGACAGAUUCCAAGUACCUCACCAAACCUGGCAAGGACUGGCAGCCCCACAUCCCUACAGCUAACACUGACCCUGCAUACAUAGAGUACAAGGCAAGUAAGGAGGGCACAGUGAUGGGUGUGGCUGUGUCUAAGGUGGCCAUGUUAACCCAUUGCCAAGCACUGACCCAGGCCUGCAACUACUGUGAGGGUGAGACAUUAGUGAACGUUCUGGACUUUAAAAAGGACAUGGGCUUGUGGCAUGGAGUUCUCACGAGUGUAAUGAACAGGAUCCACACUAUCAGUGUGCCCUAUGCUGUGAUGAAGGCUUGCCCUCUCUCCUGGGUUCAGAGGGUCCACAUACAUAAAGCGCGCGUUGCCUUGGUGAAGUGUCGUGACCUGCACUGGGCCAUGAUGGCACACAGGGAACAGAGGGACACCAGCCUGGCAUCACUGCGCAUGCUCAUUGUCGCUGACGGAGCCAACCCCUGGUCGGUGUCGUCCUGCGAUGCCUUCCUCAAUGUGUUCCAGAUCCACGGGCUGAAGCCAGAGGUCAUCUGUCCCUGUGCCACCUCCCCUGAGGCCAUGACGGUAGCCAUCCGCAGGCCGGGGGUGCCAGGGACGCCUCUACCAGCCAGGGCUAUCCUCUCCAUGGGGGGUCUGAGUCACGGGGUCAUCAGGGUCAACACAGAGGACAAAAACUCUGCCCUCACCGUGCAGGAUGUGGGUCAUGUAAUGCCUGGAGCUCUGAUGUGUAUAGUGAAGCCUGAAGGGCCUCCUCAGCUCUGUAAGACAGAUGAGAUAGGGGAGAUUGUGGUGAACUCUCGUGCAGGAGGCAACAUGUACUAUGGCCUACCAGGAGUCACCAAGAACACCUUUGAGGUGAUUCCUGUCAAUGCUCUUGGUGCUCCUAUUGGAGAGAUCCCUUUUGUGAGAUCUGGACUCCUAGGCUUCGUAGGACCCGGCAGUCUGAUAUUUGUGGUGGGGAAGAACGAAGGCCUGCUGAUGGUGAGUGGGAGGAGACACAACGCUGAUGACUUGGUGGCCACAGCACUGGCCGUGGAGCCUGUCAAGACUGUGUAUCGUGGGAGGAUUGCGGUGUUCUCUGUGACAGUGUUCUAUGAUGAGAGGAUAGUGGUUGUGGCAGAGCAGAGGCCAGAUGCCAGUGAGGAGGACAGCUUCCAGUGGAUGAGCCGAGUACUGCAGGCCAUUGACAGUAUUCACCAGGUGGGUUUGUACUGCCUAGCCCUGGUGCCUGCCAACACAUUACCCAAGACCCACCUGGGAGGGAUCCACAUCUUCGAGACCAAGCAGCACUUCCUGGAUGGCAACCUGCACCCCUGUAACAUCCUCAUGUGCCCCCAUACCUGUGUCACCAACCUCCCCAAACCACGGCAGAAACAGCCAGUGGGUGUGGGUCCAGCCUCCAUCAUGGUGGGGAACCUGGUAGCAGGGAAGAGGAUAGCCCAGGCAGCAGGCAGGGAUCUGGGCAUGAUCGAGGACCAGGACCUGAUCAGGAAGCUCCGUAUGUGGCCUACUAUGAUGCACCAGUUCCUGUCCGAGGCUCUACAGUGGAGGGCACAGACUGACCCAGACCACUGUCUCUAUGUGCUGCUCAAUGCAAAGGGGGUAGCGGUAUCCACAGCAACAUGUGUGCAGCUGCAUAAGCGGGCGGAGAAGAUUGCAGCGGCGCUCACAGAGAAAGGCAGCAUCAACACCGGGGACAACGUGGUGCUGCUCUACCCUCCUGGUAUUGACCUGAUAGCCUCCUUCUAUGGCUGUCUGUACGCUGGCUGUGUUCCUGUCACUGUCAGACCUCCUCAUCCACAGAACCUGGCAGCCACACUUCCCACUGUCCGCAUGAUCAUCGACGUCAGUAAAGCUGCCUGUAUCCUUACCACUCAGAACCUCAUGAGGAUCCUACGCUCUAAAGAGGCUGCUGCCACUCUGAACAUUAAAACAUGGCCGACAAUCAUAGACACAGAUGACCUCCCUCGCCAUAGACCCCCCACGAUCUACAAGCCCCCCACGGCAGAGAUGAUCGCCUAUCUGGACUUCAGUGUGUCCACCACGGGUAUGCUCACUGGGGUCAAGAUCUCCCAUUCAGCAGUCAGUGCUCUGUGUCGCUCCAUCAAGCUACAGUGUGAGCUCUACUCCUCACGCCAAAUAGCCAUCUGCCUGGACCCUUACUGUGGCUUGGGCUUUGUACUGUGGUGCCUCGCAAGUGUGUACUCGGGCCACCAGUCCAUCCUAAUCCCUCCUAUGGAGUUGGAGAGCUGUCUGCCCCUGUGGCUGAGCACCCUGAGCCAGUACCGCAUCAGAGACACCUUCUGCUCCUACUCUGUCAUGGAGCUCUGCACCAAGGGGAUAGGCACGCAGACAGAGAUACUCAAAGCGCGGGGGCUGAAUCUGUCAUGUGUGAGGAGCUGUGUGGUGAUAGCAGAGGAGCGUGCUCGUCUGGCCCUCACCAUGUCAUUCUCCAAGCUGUUUAAGGACCUGGGCCUCUCCCCCCGCGCUGUCAGCACAGCCUUUGGAUCCAGGGUCAACCUGGCCAUUUGCAUGCAGGGAACCACUGGACCGGACCCCUCCACUGUGUAUGUGGACAUGAAGUCCCUCCGCCAUGACAGGGUGAGGCUGGUGGAGAGAGGGGCCCCUCAGAGUCUCCCUUUGAUGGAGUCUGGAAAAAUCUUACCAGGAGUCAGGGUGAUCAUUGUGAACCCAGAGACCAGAGGACCUCUAGGAGAUUCCCAUCUAGGGGAGAUCUGGAUCAACAGCCCUCACAGUGCCAGUGGCUACUAUACCAUCUAUGGAGAGGAGAGCCUGCAGGCCGACCACUUUAACACCAAGCUGAGCUUUGGAGACCCCACGACCCUGUGGGCCAGGACUGGCUACCUGGGCUUCGUCAAGAGGACUGAACUACUGGAUGCCGCUGGGCAUCGUCAUGACGCCCUGUUUGUGGUGGGUUCCCUGGAUGAGACUCUGGAGCUUAGGGGACUGCGCUACCACCCCAUCGACAUCGAGACAUCUGUGUCCCGGGCUCACCGCAGCAUCGCAGAGAGUGCGGUGUUCACGUGGACCAACCUACUGGUGGUGGUGGCUGAGCUGUGUGGUUCAGAGCAGGAUGCCCUGGAUCUGGUGCCCCUGGUCACCAAUGUGGUGCUAGAGGAGCACCAUCUUAUCGUGGGCGUGGUGGUCAUCGUGGACCCAGGGGUCAUACCCAUCAACUCCAGGGGAGAGAAACAGCGCAUGCACCUCCGGGACUCCUUCCUGGCUGACCAACUGGACCCCAUCUACGUGGCAUAUAAUAUGUGAGAGGCCAGGUGGAUGGGCUGGGCAGAUCAUCGUAUGGUGGAAAAGAUUCCGGCUGUUGGAGUGGGGGUUGGGAAGAAAGUAGUUUGGACCAACCUGCUCCAUAGACAGAAAAUGCAUGGUACCACAAUGGGCAGUAGGAGGGGGUUGGCUGCACUUUAUCGCACUGUAUUGACACAGCCCUUUUUGGGGUGCAUGUGGUUCAAAUCUUAGGUCUUUUACAUUCCAGGUCUGUUGGAUUUCAAGAGGCACUGUUGUGUUUUGAGAUGUACACUGUAUAAAAUGGUGUGUAUAUAUACAGUACCAGUCAAAAGUUUGGACACACUUACUUUUUACAAUUUUAUACAUUGUAGAAUAAUAGUGAAGACAUCAAAACUAUGAAAUAACACAUAUGGAAUCAUGUAGUAACCAAAAAAGUGUUAAACAAACCAAAAAUAUAUUUGAGAUUUGAGAUUCUUCAAAGUAGCCACCCUUUGCCUUCAUGACAGCUUUGCACACUCCUGGCAUUAUCUCAACCAGCUUCAUGAGGUAGUCACUUGGAAUGCAUUUCAAUUAACAGGUGUGCCUUGUUAAUUUGUGGAAUUUCUUUCCUUAAUAGUGCAUUUCAGCCAGUCAGUUGUGUUGUGACAAGGUAGGGAUGGUAUACAGAAGAUGGCUCUAUUUGUAAAAGACCAAGUACAUAUUAUGGCAAGAAGAGCUCAAAUAAGCAAAGACAAAUUACAUUCCAUCAUUACUUUAAGACAUAAAGGUUAGUCAAUACGGAAAAUUGUGCAGUCGCAAAAAAUGACAAGCGCUAUGAUGAAACGGGCUCUCAUGAGUAACCGCCACAGGAAAGGAAGACCCAGAGUUACCUCUGCUGCAGAGGAUAAGUUCAAUAGAGUUAAUUGCACCUCAGAUUUCAGCACAAAUAAAUGGUACACAGAGUUCAAGUAACAGACACAUAUCAACAUCAACUGGAGACUGGGUGAAUCAGGACGUCAUGGUCGAAUUGCUGCAAAGAAACCACUACUAAAGGACCAAUAAGAAGAAGAGACUUGAUUGGGCCAAGAAACACAAGCAAUGGACAUUAGACCGGUGGAAAUGUGUGCUUGGAGAUUUUUGGUUCCAACCGCCGUGUCUUUGUGAGACGCAGGGUAGGUGAACGGAGGAUCUCCGCAUGCGUGGUUCCCACCGUGAACUAUGGAGGAGGAGGUGUAAUGGUGUGGGGGUGCUUUGCUGGUGACACUGUCUGUGAUUUAUUUACAAUUCAAAGCACACUUAACCAGCAUGGCUACCACAGCAUUCUGCAGCGAUAAGUCAUCCCAUCUGGUUUGAGCUUAGUGGGACUAUCAUUUGUUUUUCAACAGGAAAAUGACCCAACACACCUCCAGACUGUGCAAAGGCUAUUUGACCAAGAAGGAAAGUGAUUGAGUUCUGCAUCAGAUGACCUGGCCUCCACAAUCACCCGACAUCAACCCAGUUGAGAUAGUUUGGGAUGAGUUGGACCGCAGAGAGAAGGAAACGCAGCCAACAAGUGCGCAGCAUAUGUGGGAACUCCUUCAAGACUGUUGGAAAAGCAUUCCAGGUGAAGCUGGUUGAGAGAAUGCCAUGAGUGUGCAAAGCUGUCAUCAAGGCAAAGGGUGGCUACUUUGAAGAAUCUCAAAUACAAAAUAUAUUUUUAUUUGUUUAACACUUUUUUGGGUACUACAUAAUUCCAUAUGUGUUAUUUCAUAGUUUGUAUGUCUUCACUAUUAUUCUACAAUGUAGAAAAUAGUAAAAAUAAAGACAAACCCUUGAAUGAGUAGGUGUCUCCAAUCUUUUAUCUGGCACUGUAUAUACACAUACACACACACAGAAGUAUGUGGACACCCAUUCAAAUUAGUGGAUUCAGCUAUUUCAGCCAAACCCGUUGCUGACAGGUGUAUAAAAUCGAGCACACAGCCAGGCAAUCUCCAUAGAGAAACAUUGGCAGUAGAAUGGCUAUACUGAAAAGCUCUGUGACUUUCAACAUGGCACCGUCAGAGGAUGCCACCUUUCCAACAAGUCAGUUCGUCACAUUCGUCAACAGUACGUGUUGUUAUUGUGAAUUGGAAACGUCUAGGAGCAACAACGGCUCAGCUUCAAGUGGUUGGCCACACAAGCUCACAGAACGGGACUGCUGAAACGCGUAGCGCAUAAACAUCGCCUGUCGUCGUUUGCAACACUCACUAUAGAGUUCCAAACUGUCUCUGGAAGUAACAUUGGGACAAGAACUGUUCGUCAGGAGCUUCAUGAAAUAGGUUUCCAUGGCCGAGCAGACGCACACAAGCCUAAGAUCACCAUGCGCAAUGCCAAGCGGUGGCUGGAGUGGUGUAAAGCUCACCUCCAUUGGAGGCUAGAGCAGUGGAAACUCGUUCUCUGGAGUGAUGAAUCACACUUCACCAUCUGGCAGUCCGACAGACGAUUCUGGGUUUGGCAAAUGCCAGGAGAACGCAAGCUGCCCCAAUGAAUAGUGUCAACUGAAGAGUUUGGUGGAGGAAUACUGGUUUGGGGCUGUUGUUCAUGGUUCGGGCUCGGCCCCUUAGUUUCAGGGAAGGGAAAUCUUAACGCUACAUCAUACAAUAACAUUCUAGAUGAUUCUAUGCUUCCAACGUUGUGGUAACAGUUUGGGGAAGACCCUUUCCUGUUUCAGCAUGACAAUACCCCUGUGCACAAAGGCGAGGUCCAUACAGAAAUGGUUUGUGGAGAUUGGUGUGGAAGAACUUGACUGGCCUGCACAGAGCCCUGACCUCAACCCCAUUGAACACCUUUGAGAUAAAUUGGAACCUCGACUGUGAGCCAGGCCUAAUCGUCCAACAUCAGUGCCUGACCUCACAAAUGUUCUUGUGGUUGAAUGGAAGCAAGUCCCCGCAGCAAUGUUCCAACAUCCAGUGGAAAGCCUUCCCAGAAGAGUGAAGGCUGUUAUAGCAGCAAAAGGGGGACCAACUCCAUAUUAAUGCCCAUGAUUUAGGAAUGAGAUAUAUAUUUAUUUAGUGUUAUAUUUAUAUAUAUCCACCCGGACAGUCAGUGUCUACACCAAACACAGCUUUCAACUGGAAGGGAAGAGAACUCUACUCUUGCCACACCCUAUAUGGCCCUCUUGCCCAAUCACACAACACCUCAACAGCCUGACUGGCCCUCUAUUUGCACAGUGUCAGGGAGUAUUAAGGUGCUGAAGUCAAUCUUACCUCUCUCCCCACUCCUCCAAGAUCCAAUCAUCUGGAAGGUAUUGCGAGGGGCCAAAUAGAUGAGGACUUCCUGUCUCUGGGGACAUAAUUUCCUGGGGUUGAGUGAUAUAGUAUGUACUAAAGACAGUCAUCUUACUCCAUUCUUACUGGCUUUCCUCCCCGAGCUUUCCAGGUCUUACCCAGUCCUUGUUUUUUAAAAUUAUCUUUAACUUAUUCUAAAUGCUUGUGCUUGCUUCACCCUGCAGUGACGUAUCUGUGCACUUUGAGGCAGGGGUUUAUGAAGGAUGUGUAAAGGCAUGUUAUAACACUAAUGAACACAUUAGAUAGACCAAUCAGAAGCAGUAGAGGAAAUUACGUCAGUCAGUCAUCAUUGGCUGUACUUGCAUCACAGGUUUAUUGCUUGAAAAGGCUAAAUAAGAAAUGGAACACAUUCUCAACUUUCUUGAAUUAAGAUUACUUCUUGCCUUAUAAAACUUUGCCCAUACAUGUUUUGUUUUUGUCCAUUGCUGUUCUUCCAUUUCAUAACUUUGUGUUAUUGGAGUGAUAAUCCUGAUUUGAUAUCCAAAGGGGAUGUUUGGAGUAGAACAUGGAGGCCAUUUACUGUACUGUACCCAUCAAGGCCUCUGUAUUUUAGAUAUACUGUAUUUCACUGUAUAGAUAUUAUUUUAAAAUUGUAUGUAUAAAUGUAAAAAAAGAAAAGAAAAAAAAUAUAUUUAUCUCUCUCACCCGAUAGUUUUCUGGAAAGCUAACCUAGUUGUGAACAGAUGGUGGUGAAAGAUUAUUGUACAUAAGAUUUUUUUUUUUUAUGUAAUGGUAAAGACUAGUGAAUUCAAGAUCUUAACACUGAUCUUGCACGUGUCUAUUUUUGAUUAUCUAAUUAUGCACAUUCCUCAUGUUCAAGGAGCAUAUUAAUUGUGAGGAAUCAUUUUUGAGGAAUCAAAGUUCACUAGGGGUUAGCAGAAAGGAACCAGCUAAUAGUGCCAGAAGUUUUCCCUGGUCAAGUCACAUCAAGUUCGAAAGACCUUGAAAACCACGCCACCAUGAAUAAGGUUGUCAGGGAUUUGUACAGUCAGCCAUAACUCCUGGGCCCAACCAGAGAUGGGUUUGAUGUUAUGAGCUUGGGGAGAACGAUGAAACCAUUAUAAUGACUGUUUUGUGGCAUAGUAAAGCAAGCUCUUAUUUUUUGUAUGAACCACUAAUCAAUUUGAUUAGAUGGAGUGUACUUUUCAGUGAGUGUCCAAAGCUGAGUGAUUUGAAGAAUGUGAGCGAAAGAAUUUGGCAAUGCAACAUUUUGCAUAUAAAACAGACUUUCAGGGCCCCAAUUUGCAAAAGUAGGACUGUCAUAUUUAAUGUAAUUAUACAUUGGCCACUAUCAUAGUGGUCAGGUUUGAAAAUGUAAUCAUAUUCUACUUUAAAUCACUGGAACCUGUUUUUAUUUUCCCCUGUAAACUUCAAUUGCACACCUGAGCCAAUCGUAUUGUUGGAAUCAAGAAGGUAGUAUUUCAUUGAAACCGGAGAACAACAUCCACCUGUUUAGGUUUUAUUAUGUUCCUCUCCUCUCCACACACAAUGUUUAGCACUCGGGGAGGAAAGUUUAUAAUUUACUGUAACCUUUAGAGGUUUUCACGUUAUUAUUAUAUUGUAUGCUCCUUCCUGUCUGUAAGAUUCUAGUGAUCCUCAAAAUAACAUUUUUUUCUCCUUGCAGUGGUGUAGGAGUCCAUGAUGAACUAUUCAUUAUUAUUGUCUAACAUGUCUAUGCGUAAAUAGUUUGUUGUUUUGUUAUUUUCAAUCCCCCUCCAUCUUAAAUGUGUGAAUGGGGUUUGUCUAUAUGUAACAUUCAGUCAUGUUCAACACUACAGCUUAAAAGUUUGCAUUCAAUUUUGUUGUAAUAUAUGAAUAAGAACAUUAUGGGAAGGUUCUGGACCAGAGAUGUGUGUGAGUUAAAUAAUUGCCCCCCUUAUGCUGUUCAAUCACAAUGUAUAGAGCGAUGAGAAGCUACCAUAUGAUUUAACCCUAUCCAUUCAGAAAAACUGUUAACAGUGACAAGUUAUAGCGCCAUAUCCUACAUUUUAAUUAAAGUUCCAAGUUCACCAUGGAAUGUAUGUCUGCAUGACACAGAGACCAAGCACACAUCGGCAUCAGAUUCAAGCACAAAAGGAAUAGGUUUUUUUUGGGGGGGCAUUUCAGGGAACAAUAGUUGGCUACUCUGACAACCGAGUGAAUAAUUCUCCCCAUGUUGUGUAUGUUUGUCCCAGGACUUGCUUGUCAUUAAUACUAACUGCAAUUAAUCUACCACUGGGAGGUCAAUAAGGGCUUCCUCUUCUCUCUGCUCUCUCCAAAAUACUUUUUGACACUAUGCAAUCAAUGGCCGUGCAGUUUAACCCCAAUGUUUACACAGCCAGGGGGAAAUUCAUGUUGCUUAUACAUUUUGUAAUAAAUUUACACAAAGAGGA